AUGGCUUCCUACAUUCCACCAAAUAGUAAGGAUGACCUUUAUCAUGCGCAUGCUGAUAAUAUCAACUCUCUAGUUUUGAACAAACUUGGCGACAGUCACUUAUGUGUUUUAGGUGACUUUAAUUUAUGCAAUGUGCGUUGGUCGGACACUUUUUCGAACUUCGGGCUCACUCCUAACAAUAUAACUGCCCCGCAUGAGUCAUACCUCAUCGAUAGUCUUUUAAGUCUAAAUCUUAAUCAAAUUAAUAAGUAUGUUAACAAGUUAGAUAGAAUUCUAGAUCUAAUCUUUGUAAGCGACAAUAUAAUCUGCAAUAUUGAGAAAUGUUAUUGUCCUAUGUCUCAGUCGGACAUGCAUCAUCUGCCACUAAUACUGAAAUUUGAAUUGUACAAAUUUUUAAAAUCUGCUCCUGUUAAGCAAGUUAUCUUCAAUUACAAGUCUUGUGAUUUCGGCAAGCUAAAUAACUCGCUUUCCAUGCUCAAUUGGGAUGAAUUACUUUCAGGACAGGAUGUUUCUAAUUGCUAUUAUUCUUUUAAAACAGCGUUAGUUGAUUUAUGUAGGGAAAAUGUGCCUAUUUUGAAAAAUAAACCACAUAAGCUACCAUGGUAUAAUCGGGAGUUAAAAAAGUUAAAGAACCCUAGGAAUAAAUUCUUCAAGAAGUUUAAAGUUACAGGAAAUCAGAUUUUCUUUGAUAAAUAUCAGAAAUAUGCUAAAGAUUUUAAUUGCUUAGACAAAUUCCUUUAUAAAAACUAUAUUUUGGGGGUGGAGUUGAACAUUAAAUCUAGUCCAAAAGCUUUUUGGCAGUUCAUAAAGUCUAAGAAAUGUGGCUCUUGCAUUCCUUCGACUGUCUUUUUGGACGAUAAAUGUGCUAGUGGCCCUACUGAGGUGGCGAGUCUCUUCGCUGAAUUUUUUAGUGCCAACUAUGUCUGUGAUGAUGGUAAUUCCUGGCCUGAUAUAAACCACGAUUCAGCUACGGAGUUCAGUUUUGGGACUCUAACUCUGUCCCUUGAUGACGUGGAAGCUGGCAUUUCUAAGCUGAAACCGUCUACGAAAGCGGAUGUUGAUGGGUUUUCUGCUCUUCUCCUCAAGAACUGUCCCGCUCUAAUUCUACCUCCACAUCGUAUUUUUAAUUUGUCUCUUGCGUCGGGUGUCUUUAUCGAGGAUUGGAAAAUUACUUCUAUUAACCCUAUACUUAAGAGUUUACGAGCAAUUACAGGCCCAUUUCUAAACUAUCAACUGUAUCGAAACUUUUUGAAUCUAUAG